AUGGAGGGCUACGAGACCUUAGGCGUGCUCGGCGAGGGGACGUACGGCGUAGUCGUCAAGGCGCGCCACCGCGCCACCGGCCGGCUCGUGGCGAUCAAGAAGUACAAACAGGCGGAGGACGACGACCACGUGCGCAAGACGUCCCUCCGAGAGGUGCGCGUGUUGAAGCAGCUUCGCCACCCCAACGUCAUCUCAUUGCUCGAUGUGUUCCGCCGCGACGGCAAACUCUACCUGGUCUUUGAGUACGUGGAGCACACUAUUCUGCAGCUGAUUGAGGAGAAACGCCACGGUCUCUCCGCGGAUGAGGUGCGCCGCUACACAUACCAGCUUCUCAACGGGGUGGAUUACUGCCACGCGCACAAUAUUAUCCACCGUGAUGUGAAACCAGAAAACGUUCUAGUGUCAAAGAAUGGUUUGCUGAAGCUGUGUGACUUUGGUUUUGCACGGCAGCUCACUUCUAGAGGAAAAUACACAGACUACGUUGCCACACGCUGGUAUCGAGCACCAGAGUUGCUAGUUGGCGACGUGGCCUACGGCAAGGCUGUCGAUAUAUGGGCCAUUGGCUGUAUCUUCUCUGAACUUUCAGACGGGCAGCCACUUUUUCCGGGAGACUCCGAUUUAGAUCAACUUUCCCUUAUACUGCGUACCUGUGGUCCUGUGCCGGAUCGCAUGGUGAAUAUUUUCGAACAUAACUCGUUGUACCGCCGUGUUAUGUUUCCUUCGGUUCCAGUUGAGCAAGCGCUGCGCCAGCGCUUUCACAAAUGCCCGAAGAAUUGGUUGGAUUUUUUGACGUCAUGUCUGCGCACAGAGCCCGCUGAGCGGCCGUCGUGCGCGGCGCUGAUGAGCAUGCCAUAUUUUACGGAGAACAACUUCCGUGCAGAGUAUGAGGCCGAACUGCGCGGACUCUUUCAGCAGUAUCAAUCAGCCACAGUGGAUCCUUCCACCUCCACCACCCUCACCCCCACAUCUCUGCAGCAUAAGUUACAUAUGGGUGUGACGGAGCAGGAAGAGGGCGCUGACCUUGUGCUGCCGCUUCUAGGGCCACUGCCACCACCACCACCACUACCACCGCCUCAGGGAGGUUUAGAGUCUGCCGAUGAGAGCAUGUCUAUGGCAAUUAAGGAUGCUUCGGUAAAGGGCGCUGGUACUGGUUUGGCCGGUGGCAAUGUCAUUGUUUCUGAUGCUGGUGGUGCUUGUAGUAGUGGCUCACCCUUCCAACAAUUGGGUGCUCUCUGGAGCCACUACUUGGGCUCGAAUAUGAGUGGUGGCCCUAACAGCAAUGGUGAACUUCCAAGCAUUGGUAGCCGCCAGCCGCAGUCGCAGUCCCAGUCGCAGUCCCAGUUGCAUUUGCAUCAGGGCGUGCCGACGCCGCUGCGCAACAGCAUGAAAGGUGCGGCAAAGACAGAAAACAAAGGUAUCCACGAUGUAUAUGUGUCUCCGCUGCAGUCGAUGAAGGUUACUGGUAACCACACAAUGGGCACAGUAAAUCCUUCCUCUCCCACCAAUCCGCGAGGUCCGAAGGCGUCAGGUGUCUCCCCAAGCACAUCAACGCAUGGACGAAGUAAUCGAAAGAGGCAAAGUGUGGGUAGCAGCAAAAAUGAUCAGAUGGGAGGAUGGAAGUCGGAAUCAUUGAAGAGAUCACUUAAGCUUAACUACUCCAUGUUUCCUACGUUACCGAGUGGUUGCAGCUCGCCUGCACCUGCGCCAUUUACGACGACUGGCAUUGUUGUUCUCAACGCACCUUCGGUUGUACGGGAUGGCACCACCACUGUUCCAAAAGUAAUGCAUAACACUCACACGAAUACUGUGCCAAAUACAAGCACUACUACAUCCAACAAAACGACGACGAACGCCGGCGUUGGAAACGGUGCUGCCAACAGCAAUAACAACAAUGUGGUCAAGCAGAAAAAGAAGCAGUCAAGACGUACACCGGUGCCAGGAGGCAUGACGGAAAGUUCCCCGGGGGCAUCAGGCAACACGGGUUCAUAUCAUAGUGUGACUGGACACAAAUGCUCCCUCCACGAUGUUCCAUCCAAGAGAUAA